UUAGCGCUGUCCACUUCAGCACCAGGCAGGAUAAUAGUCAGCUCGAACUUUGGAAUCCAGGACCACGAACAAAACCUUCACAAAAGGACGGCACCGCUAAGCGUCACACGGUGUCCGAAAUACAUAAACCAUCACCGCCGUCAGCCGUCCAACAACUCCGUUAUUCACGAGAGAGAGAAGAACAAGAGCGCUGUGGCCAUGUACGAUGGGGCGAGGGUGCCUUCCCCCCAGGACAGUGUCAACGGUGUGCCCCCUGCUGCCGUGAACCUGGCAGGAACAGAUGCGGGGUCAGGCGGGUCAGCGUCAGUGCCCACCCCGGCCGUGCAACCCAAGCCAGAAGAAGAGGAGGGGCCUGAGGUGGAAGAGGAGGAGCCCAGACCCGAGCCUGUCCUGGUGAAGAAGGCCCAUAGGGAGAUCCUAGACCACGAAAGGAAGAGGAGGGUGGAGCUGAAGUGCAUGGAGCUGCAGGAGAUGAUGGAGGAACAAGGGUACUCUGAGGAGGAGAUCAGGCAGAAGGUCGGCACCUUCAGACAGAUGCUGAUGGAGAAAGAGGGGGUAAUCACCAGAGAGGGAGCACAUAUACGCCCACCGGUCAAACACAUGGUUCAUGGAGAGCAUGGGGAGGAGCAGACCGACCCAACCCUGGCUGAAGGUUACCAGGAGGACACAGACUGGCAUGGAGACUACUACGAUAAAGACGGUUAUAGAAUGAAGAGAAAAUCUAGCAGCUCUCCAUCUCCUCGACCAAAGAAGAGGAAGAAAAAGAAAUCUGGUCGCAGAAGGAGUCGGUUCGACAGCUCCUCUCCCUCCCGCAGAGAGAAGAAGAAGAAAAGUGGAAAGAAACACAAGCGAGACAGGUCGACGUCUGGUUCCAGGAGAAAGAGGAGAUACAGAUCCGGUAGCCCAAAGAACAAACAGAAAGACAAGAACAAAACCAGAAAGAGGUCCCCAGUAGAGUCCCCCAGUAGGAGGUCUCAACGUAGAGGCAGCUGCUGUAGCUCCCGCAGUGCAUCACACUCCUCCACAGGCCACAGCCCCUCCAAGUCCCCCAGCAGGCCCAACUCCAAGCAUAAGACAGACGGACACAAGGCCUGUGUGAGCCCGUCCCCGUCUCCCGGUCCUGGCGGUCCUGACGGUCCUGUCGCGUGGCACAACGGGCACCACCACCAAGACCACGCCCGCAACGGCAAAGCCGGCAGACUCAACCAUAACCACGUGGCCGAGGGCAACAAAGGGCAAGAUAAGCUGAGAAUGCUGACUGCUGCUACUCCGGGAGACCAGUCGACCAUGAUGCUGCCUCAGCUGAGAGGAGGAGAGCACAAGACCCACAAUGCCCUUUACAGGACCCCAGGAGGAGGUUCUGCAAUCCAGGCUGGACAGGCUGGAGAGGCCCUACACGGAGAGGAAAGGCAGUCGAUAGGGUCGUCGGGCAGACGGGGAGGUCACAGAGGUCACAGAGCUCAUGGGAAGAGCUCCCAUUCGCCAGCUCACAGCAGUGACUCCGCACACUCUCAACGUAACCUGCAUCCUCACAGAGGAAAAAGCUCUCACCGGAAGAAGACUAAAGGGGGCCACUCGUCCAAGCGGCACCACCAUGGGGUUCGGGGACAGGCCCAUCACCAGAGCCAGUCUGGCUCCCCGGGGCGGCACCGCCACACAUCUGGGUCAGGCAGGAAGAAGAGUGAGUCUCGGGGGCGCGGUGGCAUGGGGGUCCGACAGCGUAGCAGCUCUUGGAGCUCCGGACGCUCUUCAUCACGCUCCGGCUCCAGAGAGAGAGGCCCCAGCAAGGCCAAGUCCCCCCACCCCCAUGCCAGACAGAACAACUCCAGGGAGAGAGACAGCCCUCACCACUCUGAUGCUGACCGUGCUCGCCGUCGCUCCAGAAGCUAUUCUCCCAUCAGGAAGAGGAGACGAGACUCUCCCAGCUUCAUGGAGGCUCGCAGGAUCACCAGCGCUCGGAAGCGGCCUAUCCCGUACUACCGUCCAAGCCCCUCCUCCUCCAGCUCCAUGUCUAGCCCCUCCCACUCGGAGAGGAGUCGCAGCCAUGACAGCUACAGCAGCUAUAGCCGCAGUCACAGCCGCACCAGGAGCCACAGCCGCUCCCGCAGCCGCAACCACAGCUACUACAGUCGCAGCAGUUACGAGAGCCCCGGCUUCUGAGGAGAGAGAGACAGAGAAAGAAAGGGCGAGGGAGAAAGAGAGCGAGCGAGGGGGUAGAUAGAGAGGGAAACAGAGAGACAGAGAGAGAAAGACAAGAUUAAAUCAUGUAAUGUAUUCGUAUGUCCCUGAAUGGUUCAAACACAGGGCCAGACCUCUGGUCCAUUUUUACCCUCAGUCUCCAUCUCUGUAUGCUUCAUGUUAACCCGCGUUAACCCGCAAGUAUGGGUAGCUGCUGCCCAUUAUGGUGACCGGAGUAUGGGCAUUGGGUGUUUAGAAAGCGAAUAAUCUAAUUGGGCAGAUUUGUUGCCACUCAAGACCAUUUUGCGUGGCUGAUUGGGCUGCACGAUGAGUCAACCAGUGCACCGGUGUUGUAUCAACAUGCCUGCUGACUUAAAGUGCUUCCUACUGGGUAUCACGGUCGUGUCGCUGACGGUAUCUUACGUGGACAUUUUUUCACACCGGUGCAGCCUUGACAAGAAAUAGCUCAUAUUGAUAACCAUCUAGAUGUCACCUUGAUGCAGUCUACUACUCAAUGGGAAGGGCAUGAACGUCAAGAACACCGCGACUCCACUACCUAGUAGGCACUAUCAGGGUGACAGUCACAGUAAGCACACGUGUACAACGCAUGAAGCAACAAUACACCCAUCAUCAAUACCUUUAAUCUAAAAUAAACAGUCGUCAGUUUUCUAACUGAAAGUGUACAAUUAUUUGUGUAAAACUAACACUGAAAUACAACUCCGACUCAAGCAGAAGUCCAAACUCUCGCGGUAUGGUAGGUCAGUGUACGGCAGUAGCGUGGUACGAAACGGAAACAACAACAAAAACUGCUCAGUCAAAACCUUCUAACCUACAGCAGAGCGAUUCCGACACACCCACUCCUUUCCACACGCCCACUACUUUCCUUUCGACACACCCCUCUCCCAUACUCCGGUCGCUUUAUUGCUACCCCUUUCUCUUAACCUGAGCCUGGAUCAAUGGAAGGAAGAGGGAGGUUUUUAAUAUUAUAGCACAUUCAUUUGAAAUAUCCUUUUUUUUUCCACAAGGAAAAAAAUCGAUAUAUCAAAUGAAUGUGCUAUAAUAUUAAAAUGGAUGCAACACACUGGUAAUUAUUUAAAAUAACAUUCCCCGGAUCAUGGUUUUAGAAAAUAAAUGAUAAAGCCUAAAGAACAAGUCUGUAAGCACUUUCUCCAUAAUCUUCCACGGAGCAAAAGUAACCAGAAAAUAAGUUGUUAUUUUAUUUGAUAUAUUCUGACAUUGGGACACUUCAUGAGUUUGUGGAAGAAGAGGAAAAUAAGAGACACACAUGGAAAAUAAGUCAAAUUAAAUCAAACAGUACUGGGCCAUUUUUUUCUCCAAUGUCAUUACAUAAUUUCCCCAAAGACACUAAUGCUCUAUUUUAGGAACUUGAGAGAUCAAGAGAAGCGAUAAAGAACAAAACAAAAAUCGGCUGACAACUUAGCACACAGAAGGGAACUAACUGGUGUAUGUUUUUUUUUUUAAAGGUUGUAGCAUAUAUGUCAGGAUAUAUAAAUGAUUCUAAACUGUAAGUUCUGGCUUGUAAACUAUGCACUGUAUAUUCCAUGUGAUUUUGAAGAGGCUUGUUAUUUGAUGGUGACUUAGUAUGAUGAUGCACCAGGAAGGAGGAAGGGUGCUACUUGUACCAGAGAGCCCUGCUGGCUGCCACUAUAGGUCCCAGGGUGCAUCUGUCACGGACACUACAGCACUACAGGUCCCAGGGUGCAUCUGUCACUAAAGUACUACAGCUCCCAGGGUGCAUCUGUCCUCUCUCCGCCCAUUCUGAUCUGUAUUGUACGUGGCGUACCAGACCUGUAAUUACACACAGAGGCAAGAAGGGAUAUAAAAACCAAUGUAUUAUUAUGUACUUUUCCUCUCUUCACUAUUCCACUAUUUAUUGUGUUCAACCUAUUAAAGCUGCAAUAUGUACAUUUUGGGGCGGCCUGACCAAAUACACAUAGAAAUGUGAGUUAUAGAUCUGUCAUUCGCAUUGAAAGCUUGUCUAAGAAGCAGUAGAUCUGUUCUAUGUGCGCUAUUUCUAUUAUUCCUGUUCUUAGGUUUCGUUUUUGCAUCUUUUACUUUCGGUUUUGUACACCAGCUUCAAACGGCUGAAAAUACAAUGUUUUGGGUUAUUGACAAUAUAUUUCACAGCGGUUUAGCUGGUACAAUGAUUCUCUACACUAUGCAUUGCGUGUUUUGUCACGUAAACUGAAAUUAGGCAAACUAUUAGAAUUUCUGCAUACUGCACCUUUAAUGUAAAUACUACUGUACCUCUUCUGCAAUGACCAAUGAGGUGAAGUCGCUCUGUUAAGAUACUUCAGAAACCUUCUGCAAAAGCAUCCAUGUAUUCUUGUGGUUCUAUAUUUUACCCACAGCUAUUUAUUAAAUUAUUUAUUCCAAUUAUCUAUUAAGUUAUUUAUUGUUUAUUUAUUUGAGAAUUUAUUUGUUUUGUCUCAUCAAAUGUUUUUAAAGCAAUUUGAAGAAUCGAAUUGCUGCAAAUGUAUGUAUUCUCAUCUCUGAAUAUACAGUAUGUCCAUUGAUGUUUUAACCUAAAUACUUUUUAUUUGUGAUGAAGGCUUCUGCUUCCUUUAAGAAUAGGGGAGUGAGCUGAGUUGGCGGUAGCUUGUUUCUACGGCGGUGUUCCCUUACCUGAUGUAUUUUAUAACGCUCUUACACAGGGUUCAUUACAGUACUGGAACAGUCCACCGAGACCAUGUAUUAAACGUUUGUGUUGAUGCAAUCUUUUGUUCUUCUGCCUGUCUGUUUCCUGGUGCAGGGGAUACAUAGUUAAAGUUACGUAGAGGGGCUGUUACUCUGCAGGGCUCCAAAGGUCCACUUCUACCAACUCCUUCUGUCCAAAACGUUGAUCAGGCCUGGAUUAUCUCCCUCCAGACAUAGAUGGGUUGAUUGGGCUAGUUUGUUGUUGGUCUAACCAAUCACAUUGCCCCUGCUGUAACAGGCUGGCCCUAUCCUCUGCACCCUGCUUCUACCAGAGGUGUCCUAGUAACUUGCUCUGACCUGGCAUGAGGUCUCAGACAGAGGGUCAACUCAUUUUGCAAGCCGGUGGUCAGCUAAACUACGUACACAGCAAAUGCCCCUGCUUUCAAAACGCUUGAACCCAGACACAGGUAGUCCCACAAGAAGCCCAUCAUGUUCCCUGCCUCAGUUUAUUACUCUGUGCUGAUAGGACAGCUGCUGGUGAUGAUGCAAUCAGGGAACCCCUUCAGUCUUCCUUCCCAUUCGUCAUGCCUCCUGUCACUCAUGCAGUGUUACAUUCAAAAUGUAACCAGAGUUACUGUAACCUAGUAUGAUAUUAAACAAAACCUGUUCCGAUAUUAAGAGUACAGCGCUAAACCUUUGGAUUGUAUACAAGUCAUUUAGUUGUAGUGUAAAAGUUAUUAUACAGGACAAUAAAUAUAAACCAAUGAAAAAUGAG